AUGCCACGAUUAUACAAAUUCACAUUUAAUAUUCGUUCAUCAAGUCGUUUUUAUAAUGAAUUUAAUUUACUAUCAAAUGAAUAUAUUGAAGAGACAUUCAAAGAUUUUAAAGAUAAACAAAUUAUCUAUUAUGCUGAUUAUUUUCCAAAAGUAAAAGAAGGUCGUUGCCAUAUGUAUUCAUAUCCAUAUAAACUAAAACAUUACUAUGAUAUAAUAAAUAAUUUUCCAGGUGGCAUAUUUAAAUGUGUUCGUAAAAUGUCAUUAUUUGAUGAACGUCCUUUUGAACAUGAAUUUUUUCUUCGAAUUGCUCAAUCAUUUCCAUUGAUGGAAGAAUUAACUGUAGUUAAUCAAACUCGACAAAUUAAUAAACGAUUUAGAAAAGUAGAGAAUGAAAAUCGAGACUUAUCAAUCAUUCAAUAUCCUUAUCUGAAAUAUCUUAAUCUUCUUGAUACUUGCAUAGAUUAUCAUGAACAAUUCUUAUUCGAUACCAAAAUGUGCUUACCAUUUCAUGUUCAUGUGUAUAUGAAUUGUACAAUAUAG